AAAAUUAUAGAAUAAAAUACAGAGCAAGUACAAGAGUAAACUUUUUUCUUUCUUCUCUAUUCUCAUAGAUGGUAAUGAUUUCUCCUUCUUUUGAAAUCUAACACCCAAAACAAAUCAUGCAGGUGCAACAUACGUCUAGUGCUACAAGGAAAUUUGAAUGUGGUUUUAUCUGGAGGAAUAUAUUUUUACAAACAUUUGUUGCAGAAAUAAACAAUAUGGUAGAAUGCAGCAAACAAUCGCAAUUACAUUCUCCUGUUUUUCGUUCAUUUCUAACGGAUAAUCCUCACAAACCACAGUUAGGAACAAAUUUGUACUCUUCUAUGCUGAGCAGAACAGAAAUUAUUAACUUGAAAGCCUAUAGAUAGAUUUGGGCACCAUAGGCGGCCAGCCGAGAAGCAGGUUUAUGUUUUUUCAUGGCCACUGAGUAGAACAACACCCCUUCCACAUCAUCCGGAGGUCCACAGGAACCAGGCCCCUCGAACACGGAAACCAGACAGCCGUCCAGAAGGCGCGUAACGCACACGUGAAGAUGGCUUGCGACCGAGUACUAAUCCUGCUUUUUGGUACGUUUCUGAUGAUGGAAAAGAGGUGAAAUUCUCUUAUCAAGAAUUGGAAUACAGCACUAAAAAGAUCGCCAGUAUAUUUGAACAGCAAUGCGGUAUAAAACGUGGUGAUUGCGCAAUUGUCAUGCUUCCGAAAAUUCCAGAAUUUUGGUUAGUCAAUAUAGCAGCUAUAAGAGAAGGUUUCGUAUUUGCUCCAGUCAAUAUGAUGAUGACACUAAAAGACUUAGAACAUCGCUUCAAAUCUCUUCAACCUUCAAGUGUCAUUGCUCACGAAUCUGUCACUGAUAUUAUUGACGAAGCUACAAAAUCGGUCCCUUCACUGAAAAGUAAAAUAGUAGUUUCAGAAAAACCAAACAGGAAAUCUGAAUGGUUUGAUUUGAAUCAUUGUAAGUCAGACGUAGCUAAUCAUAAGUGUGCAACGACCAGAAGUGAUGAGACUUUGAUGAUAUAUUUUACGAGUGGAACAACAGGAUAUCCUAAAAUGGUAGAACAUACUCAUGCCAGCUUCAGUUUUAGUAUCCGAGACUACGGAAAAUUUGGUUUGGAUCUUACUCCUGAUAACAUUGUGUGGAGUAUGGCUGACACUGGCUGGAGUUUUACGGCAUACAACUUCUUUGGUGCAUGGUCAAUGGGAGGUUGUUUGUUUAUUCAUCAACUAUCUAAAUUCUCAUCUAAAAAGACCCUGGAGACACUUUGCAAGUACCCCAUCGAUACUCUAGCAUCUGCUCCUUUGGUCUACCAGUCGUUAUUAGGUGAAAAUCUAGAAGAGAACAAGUUUCAAAAAUUAGAGUUUCUUGUGUCAGGUGGCGAUGCACUUAGCAAAGGACUUGCAGAAAAGUGGUUCGCCAGAACUGGUUUAAGAUUAUAUAAUGGUUAUGGGCAAUCUGAAACUACAGGACUGAUAGCGCAACAGAAAAGCUUUGAAUAUCGUUUUGGUGCGAUGGGUAAACCAAUGCCUGGAGUGAAUCUAGCUAUUGUGGACGAAAACGAAAAUGUUGUGAGCCCAGGUGUAUUGGGAGAAAUAGUGGUAGAUCGGAAGACUGCUAUUGGACUUUUCAAAGGCUAUAAAAAUAAUCCAGAAACAAAUAAAGCCGUUUUUAGGGAAAAAUAUUAUCAUACGGGUGAUUUAGCAUAUUAUGACAAAGAUGGAUACUAUUGGUUUAAGGGACGAAAAGAUGAUGUGAUUAAUUCUUCAGGUUAUAGAAUAGGUCCCACUGAGGUAGAAGAUUCUAUAGUAGUACACCCAGCGGUAUCUGAAGCAGCCGUGGUAGGAAGUCCAGAUAAAGACAGAGGAGAGGUUGUCAAGGCAUUUAUAGUUCUAAAAAGUUCUGUGGAACCUAGUGAAAAGCUGAUUAAAGAAAUUCAAGAACAUUGUAAACAAACGACGGCACCAUAUAAGUAUCCAAGAAAGAUAGAAUUUGUCACAGAGUUGCCCAAGGGUCCAUCAGGCAAAGUAAAACGAUCUGAGCUUAAGAAAAGAGAAAAAGAGAAAGCAUCGAAAAACUAAGCAACUUAAUUUUAACUCAUGCAACAGGUGGAAGCCUUUUUUAUGUUAAAUUAUUUUCCAUUUCAACACAACUUGUUAAAAGUGUGCAUAAUAAAUAGAUUUUGAUUAAUUACAAA